AUGGACGUGGAUAAUUCACCUGAGCUGCGGCGAUUACUCGAGCAAGAGAAGGAGCAGCUGAUGGCCAAGCAGAUGGUCAGCAAGCUAACAAGUGUGUGCUGGGACAAAUGCAUCACCAGCACCCCGGGAAGCAAGUUCAGCACUGGAGAAACCACUUGCCUGAGCAACUGCGCACGGAGGUUCCUAGACAUGAGCAUGAUACUCGCCAAGCGGUUUCAGCUCAAGUAA